UAAGUGUAACCAUAGAAACCAGUCUUAAUAACAGCAAAGACUUGGCUAAGCUAGCUCAGAGGCAAACAUGAGUAGUAGUCUCACACACCCAAAGUCGCAGCUAUCAGGCUGGAGGAUUGAGCAAAAGUACUCCAAUGGUGUCCUAGUUGGCAACUGGUCAGAAGAUCGCUUCGGGAAGUUCAAGCGUGGUCAGAGCUUUACAAACACCACACACAGAGGGGACUUCCAACUCUACCCAUCGCGUGACUAUGUGCCAGACGUCUCCACUCGGAGACAAGCACAACUCAGAAGUGAUGGGUUGAACAAGGAUCUCUUAUUUAGACACCAUGGUGACCGUUACAACAACAACAUGAUCUCUAUGUAUGAUCAGCAGUUCAACCGCAAGUAUGGCAUGGGGGGUAGAGCGUGGGACAGAAAUCGUCUAUCCUGGCUACCUGAAGUUUCCGACCAUCCCAUGCAAGGCAAAUGCACUAACUUUGGACUGAAGGAGGAGGUGGAGAGAAAAUGGAAGAAACUGGAGGAGAUUGAACGCCGUGGAGACUAUACCACAUUGUACUCUAUCGCUUACAGUUCACCACCAAAGGGUACACAAGUGUUCCCCAGAGCCACUCCGAGACACCUCUCCUCCCAUCUCCACCCCCACAAAAUCCACAAGGACCUCCACUUUAGAGGCAGCCCUCUCACUGCCAGGCCAGAAGUUGUGGACCCUAGAUUGUUCAAAAAACUAGCAGCAACUGUUUAGUUUGUGUGUUUGUAUUGUGUAUAAUUAUGUCUGCAAAAAUUUAUCUUGAUGGAACCAUUAUUUUCCAUAA